GAGUCAUGGUCAAGUUGGCAACUCUGCAGCAGGAGAUGAGAGACCUGGAGUGGGGGGGAGGGGCAGUAGGGGAGGCUGUGGACAGCCUUCGUCAAGAUGUCAACACCUUACGCCAGGCAUGGGAUUACAGCAGAGCUACCGAAACAAAACAGCAAGAACGACUGUUGGAGAUAGAAAAUAAAGUGAACCAAAUAAACCUGAUGCUACGCAGAGUUAGUAACCAGAUUCAAGACCUUGGACGAACAGUUACAGCCAGUAACAAAGCUGUCGCUCUCAACACUAGCUUACUCUUGACCUUGAUGGAGGCUAAACCUCGAGAGCCUUGUCCCUCCCCUCCACCUCCCGCUCCACCACUGAUGUCUAACUUGACGUCGGGACAGCCCCGUGACUGCUGGGAUAUCCUACGUCAGGGCAACAACCACAGUGGUGUACAUCUGAUACAGCCGUCCCCCUACCAUCAGCCCUUCCUGGCACUGUGUGACAUGGAAACACUCGGCGGCGGAUGGACUGUUUUCCAAAUGCGAGAGGAUGGCUCUACUGACUUCAUGAGAACUUGGCGAGAAUUUGAAAAAGGAUUCGGGAACUUGGCUACUAAGGAGUUCUGGCUUGGAUUAGAAAAGCUCCAUCUCAUCACUAAUGCCAGGAUGAACGACUUGUUAGUCACCCUAAGAGACCACGCUGGUGACUCUGCCUGGGCGUAUUACCAACAGUUCGCUGUGGGCGACUCUAGGCAAGAUUAUUCUAUCACUUCACUCGGCAAUUACCAUGGGACUGCAGGAGAUUCACUGAGUGGCCACGUAUUCAAAUUCUCCGCCCCGGACAGGGACAAUGACAUGAAUGAUGGCGUGAGUUGUGGCCGCAGUGGUGCCUGGUGGCAUAGGGACUGUGAGGACCAGGAUUCCCCAAUCAGCAACCUCAACGGCCUGUACCUCAACGGGAGCCUUCCCCAAGUGUUCCCCGCUCAGGGUAUGUUGUGGACAUCCUGGAGAGGUUUGUCCUAUUCUAUCCCACACUCCGCUAUGAUGGUUCGUCCUUCAGCUGAUGUUUACACACAUGCCACCUCUACUAAUGCUCCCUUAAAACCUUAGCUCUUA